AUGUGGGGACCAAACCAGGAGGUAGCGCACCCGCGACACGACGGCAAAUCAUUCUACCUCCCAUCAACUAGUGCGGCGGGUGCUGCUGCUCUCGGUGCUUCCCUACUGCCGCAUAGUAACUUGGUUUGUGCGCCAUUGAAUCCUCAUAUAGCGCGGGAACCAGUGGAUACUGCAACCGGGGAUGGUGAUGGGACAGUUCGUGCUUUACUCACACGGUUCCGUAUUGAGAACGAGCGACUUCGUGAUCAGGUAAAGGCGCACGUGGUGCAAGAAGCUCUCCUUACGCAGCGUUUGCAGGAGUUAAGUGCAAGAAACACAGCGCUCCACCUACAGGAUUUCCGAAAGAGGGAUAACGACGCUGUAGUGGAGAAACUGAAGAAGCAACUGGAGGUGAAGGAGAUGGAGGUGCGUGCACUGCAACUUCAAGUUGGAGAGUUAAAUGGUCGUAUUUCAGCCUACGAGGAGGCGAUUUCGCGCCCCGACCACCCCCAGGGUCUUUCUGCAAAUUCGAUGGAUCGUGUGCGGGAGCUCAUUUGUGAAGCUUUGAGCAGUGCAGGUUUUUUGACACGCGUCGCGAAUGCGGUGGAGCACUGCCACCCUUCAACACACGAGGUAACAGAUUGCCCCCGCUCAGUUGAAGAGUGCACUAAUCAUUGUCUCCAGGCUGCUAUGCGCGGGAAUAAGGAAUUGCCUGGUGAAACAGCGGCGCGUGGUCACCAUGUGUCUUGUGAGGAGCUCGCUUCUGCCCUUCGUGAGGAGGUUUUGUUUUGCGAAACGGUAGCGGUUCGUGUGGCCGCAAAGCUGUUCAUGGAACGUUCGUCAGCGGAUUCCUCUGCGAAGGCUGAUCGUGGAACUGGUUUGCAGCAUCAGGAGGAGUCCGCGCCUCCGCUUGCGAGGCCCACCGCCGAGUGUCCGGCGGAGGCGCAUGAAUUGCCGCAAAGUGACCGCCGGCCUCGCCGCAAGCCCGCCGCUCGACCCACCGUGGAGGAUUGCGAAGUGCAGUGA